AUGCUUAAAUUUUGUGUGAUUCUAGUCAUUUUUGCAAUAAGUUUGAAUUAAUGUCAGAGAAAUUUCAGAUAUUGUUAGAGAAAUAAUAAAAUAAAAGCAUUAACGAGAGGCUAUUACAAAAAUGUGAUCAAUUAUGACGCAAGUCCUCUCUUAACUAGUCGAAAAUAAAAUUUGUUUGUAGGUGUUGGAAAAGAGAUGGGGAUUCUUCUUAGAAAUGAAAUAUAUUCAGCCGAUUCUAAUAAUCGAGGGACAUAUAUGAGUUUAGGCAAGUCAAUAAUUAUAGAAUUACUCUAAGUCUUUUAAUUAAAUACAUUAAAACUGAUGUUGAGGAAUGGAAAUGUUAGAACCUAUGAUUUUAUAGUUUAUGCAUCAGAUUCCAACAAAGAAAUAAAAAUAUUUGAUUCAAUCACUUACUAUAUUGAAGUUGUCACUAUAAAAUUUCCAAAUUAGUUUGUUAAAUAUUUUCGAAUUUAUAACCGAGGUGGAAAUUCAGAUGCUGCUUUUAUUCAUAUAAUAAAGGCUGAAGCUUACUUUAAGUUUUGA